CGCCGUACCGGGGCAGAGGGGCGUGUCGCGUCCCGCCGGGGCCGGGGCUGGGGCCGGGGCCUGCGCCGCACCAUGGGGGCCCGCGGGGGCUGAGCCACGUCGGGACGGAAAAAUGAGUGGUGGGUUGGCACCAAGCAAAAGCACAGUGUAUGUGUCCAAUUUACCCUUUGCGUUGACAAACAACGAUCUCUACAGGAUAUUUUCCAAGUAUGGGAAAGUUGUCAAAGUUACUAUUAUGAAAGACAAAGACACCAGGAAGAGCAAAGGAGUUGCUUUUAUUUUGUUUUUGGAUAAAGAAUCUGCACAAAACUGUUCUCGGGCACUUAAUAACAAACAGUUGUUUGGAAGAGUAAUAAAAGCAAGUAUUGCCAUUGAUAAUGGAAGAGCAGCAGAAUUCAUUCGCAGGCGUAACUACUUUGAUAAGUCUAAGUGUUACGAAUGUGGGGAAGCAGGACACUUAAGUUAUGCUUGUCCUAAAAAUAUGCUUGGAGAGCGGGAGCCUCCAAAAAAGAAAGAAAAGAAGAAGAAAAAGAAAGUAGUUGAGCCAGAAGAAGUUGAGGAGGAAGAAGAAAGUGAAGAGGAAGGAGAAGACCCUGCUCUAGAUAGCCUUAGCCAAGCCAUAGCUUUUCAGCAAGCCAAAAUUGAGGAAGAACAACAAAGAUGGACACAGACUGCAGGGGAAUCUUCAAUUUCAGAUGAUUCAAAACGUCCACGGAUUAAGAAAAGUGCUUAUUUCAGUGAUGAGGAAGAACUUAGUGAUUGAAAUAAUACUGGUUUAUAUGCAUAUAUAUUAUAUAUAGUGUACAUUUUGUAAAGUGCUACAAAGUUAUCUGUAAUACAAGUUUGUCUUGAUGUUGAAGACGCUGAAAAUUGUGUUGUAGUUUUACACUGCUCCCUGAACCUCCCAUCUUUUGAUAUCUUUGUCUCUCAAAACUUCACCUUUCCAGGCAGCUUCUUAAGAAAACAAUGUUUCUACACUUAGAUCCAGAAAAGUACCUGAGAGAAUGCAUUUUGCAGUCAGCAUCUAGACCUAAGCCCUGGGAGUGAGGUCUUUCAUAGGAGGAUUUCCCAAUAUUUUUUUCCUAAGAGUAGUUAAUUUUGGGAUCACUGCUAGCACCACUGAUGCUUUAUGUAUUGGUCUAUUUGCCUGUUUGGAAGCAGGGCUUUAGUAGUACUUUAGUAGCAUAUGAAUCUUGUGCUAGUUGCUCUGCAUAGGGUUGAAUUUCAGCCUUAAGGAUUGUACUAAGUCUUCUAACACUUUACUGCAGUAAUAAAUUACUGUCACAUCAGCUUGGUCUAUGAAAUCAUUUUAGACUUAACAUCUGACUGUCUUCUAAAAGGAUUAUAAGAUACUGAUCAUUGGUCUUAACACAGCUUUAGUGACUUGCUGUACAGCUCAUAGUGGUUUAUAUAGCCUGUAUAUACCAUAGGCUCCAUAGCAGAGUGGUGUGGCGAUUAGUUCAGUCUUGAAACAUACUUUUUUUUUUUUAAGUGGCAGUUCUGUACUCUUGCAUUAAGAAUGAGAAUGGCAGUAUGUUUUAUAAGUGGAAAUGUACAUAUGUUUUAAUAUGCUGUAAUCUGAUAUUUCAAGACUUGCUGUGAUAAGGGCUUAUCCCACACUAUUUUUCCUGACCGCAGUUUGGGUGCCUGGCAUGGUAACUGUGGUUACGUGCAGGGUUUUAAAUAUACUUGUAUCUGAUAUGGAUCACAGUCCUUUGUUCUCACCAUCUGAACCUGGCUGUCAAAAUCCAAAAGGCAGUUUCCUACAUGCUUAAAAUUUGUCUUUGAUCUGUGCUUGGAACUGACAUGGUCUCUAAGCCAAGUGUGUUGUCACCUAGUUUGCACCUAAAGCUGCUCAGAUCUUGUAAAGAGAGUCUCUAUCCUUAAACCUUUGUAGGGUUCUAGUCAUGUUCUCCUAAAAAGCCUCCUAGACAUGUUAGAACAGUACAAAGCCCUGCAGCAACAUUCACCCCCAAAACCACAGACACAUGGUGAUGGUGGUAACAUUCUUAUUUUGGCCAUUUUGUGUAGUCAAACUUUUUCUUUUUAGGAGGCACAAUAUGAAACAUAUUCCCACUUUUACACUUGGAAGAAGAGACCAGCUGGCCUCUGUUUCUAUUUUCAACCCUUCCCGUUCCUCAUCAGGACUUGGAUUUCUUCCAAAUACAGAAAAUGUAAAUCCAAAUGUGCCAUUACAUAUUCUUAAUUAAUACCAAUUUACAUUCAAAUAUAUAACUCGGUGCAAAGCAAAGACAUACACACCCCUCCUCUAAAGCAGCCACAUUUAGAAGGUCAUUCUGAGGUCUUCUGUUGCUACUUUUACAAGAAUUGAGACAUAAAAAUAUGGUAAUAAAGUAAAAUAUUUUUCUGUACAAACUACUCAAGCCACAGAAUGGGGAGAAAUAUUUGGCUUCAUAUAUAGGAAGGCCUUGGACUCAGUAAUCCAAAUAAUGUUUUUAAGACUUAGUUUGAGACUUUCUGCUGAAAGUACUGUAUUUGAAAUAUGAAGCUUCCUUUACUGAAUUUCAGAAGAGUCUCUUGAUAGCUGAGUAUGACGCGUAACAGUGUUAAUAAAUGCAAAUCAUUGUAUGUCGUAUGUGUGGUAAUGAAGACAGACGAGUUCUAAACUGAGAGGCAGAAAAUCUUGCUGGCAUCAUGCUUCUCUACAAAUGCUAUGUUAGGGCUCAAUGGCAGUGGAGAAAAAAAAAAGAGCAAAACAAACAAACAAAAAUAUACCACUGCUUCAAGUUGGGGUUUCUCAUCUUCUCCCAUACCGUGUUCACUGCUGGUUUUAGAAAAAGAUAAAAAGCUAAAAUGUGACAGAGGACCAGCUGAACCUUGCCCAUGACUUUGAUUUGGGAAUGUUUGGUAGCUUAGAAGAAUUAAGAUCUCAAUGAAGUAACUCACUGCUGCGAGACUGUUUUCAGGGUCAUAAGCUCAAAAGGAUUAUACUUGUGUGUGGAAUGUGAUAUUUUAAAAUGUGAGUUUAAGUAAAGUCUCCACUAAGAAAUAUCAUCAAUUACUGACUACUUCUAACCAUAAAAAAUACAGAGAUAUUAACAGUCUAGGAGUGUUUCAUUCUUAUACACUUUACUGUGUCAUAUUUGCUACUGGUGUCUUGUCAGAAAGAAUAAAAACAAACCUGACCUUUGUUCUGA